UUCUAAAGUUUCUUUACCAUGAAGAUCAACUUUGGAGUUAAAUCAUUGUUUUUAUUCCUCAUGCUAUUUAUUCUCAUGGCAAAUCCCGUUUUUGCUCAAAGAGGUCGAGGACGAGGAAGAGGAAGAGCGAAAACAAGAAUUAUUGGUUUGCCAAUCACGGGAAAAUAUCGAGAUCCGGAAUCUGAUCAAUAUUACAGGAAUACAAAUGGAGCUAAAAUACUGACAGCAUCACAUUUUGACUUUGAGUACGUCUUGGGGCACAAGGUUGCCUUCUUGUGUGUGGCAAGAGGAUCGCCAAGGCCGCAAAUUACGUGGUACAAGGAUGGAGGAGAAAUAUUUCAACAUUUGUACAUGCAUAUUCACGAAUGGUACAUUGGCGAAGAUAAAGUCAAGUCAAAAAUUGAAAUUGAUCCUGCGACUCAACAGGAUGCCGGAGUUUAUGAAUGUACUGCCGACAACAUGUACGCAAUUGAUCGUAGAAGUUUCAAAACUGACUUUGCCAUCAACUUUGACUGAUUUCUCUUUAUUGGAAAAUUUAAUAUCUCAAAUUUAAUGAUAUUCAUAAACAUUUUUUUUUCGAAUUAAUAUUUUAUAC